UUUGACCCCUCUUGUGCCAUUCCAGCAUUUGAUUCCGUUUGUUCAGUGAGAUCAGAUCAGAUCAGAUCUUCGCUUCUCUUCGAAAUCGAAAAAGGAUCUACUAAGAGAUGGAUUGGCAAGGGCAGAAAGUGGUGGAGCAGCUGAUGCAGAUCUUACUGGUGAUCUCCGGCGUCGUCGCGGUGGUCGCUGGGUACGCAACGGAGUCGUUCAGGACGACGAUGCUGAUCUACGCAGGUGGCGUUGUUCUGGCGACGAUGAUCACCGUACCUAAUUGGCCGUUCUACAAUCGCCAUCCACUCAAAUGGUUAGAUCCGAGCGAAGUCGAGAAGCAUCCCAAACCACAAGCCGUCCUCGCCGUUGGUUCCAAGAAGAAAUUCUCCAAGAAAUAGGUCUCAUCAAUCUCUCUCUCGGUUGCGGAUAAUGAAUUGAAUUUGUGUUUUGUUUUUUUUAAUGGAUAAACUCUUUUUAACAUUUAAGUUGUUCGUCAAAGGAAUUUGCUUUUAUGA